AUGAGAGUACGAGUGCGCGGCCCGCAGGGCGUGUCGACCAUCGAAAUCGACGAGCACGCGACCAUGGCCGAGCUGCAGUCCAGCAUCGCCGAGAAGAGCGGCGUGCCGAGCUUCGACCUAAAAGCGGGCUAUCCGCCCAAGCCCAUCGACCUCAGCGCCUUCGACCCGAUAACCAAGAUUAGCGACACGGGGCUGAAGCUCAACGGGGAGCAGCUGGUGGUGGCGCCGCGGGACGUGGGCGGCAAGCUGGCGCACCCCAUGUCGGACAGCACGCCGGCGGCGGCGGCACCGCUGCCAGGCUCGCAGCAACACCGUGAGAACCAGGCGGCGGGGAUGCAGGAGCCGCUGGCCCUGUCGCGCAAGAAGACGGACGUUGAGGCCGACCCGCCUGAGGUCGCGGUGCCCACGCACGGCGGCACCCUCGUCCUGCGCGUCAUGCCCGACGACAACAGCUGCAUGUUCCGCGCGCUGGGCAGCGCCGUCCUGGGCGACGACCUGGACAGCAUGCGCGAGUUGCGCAGCAUGGUUGCGCAGGGCAUUCAGGCUCAGCCGGACCUGUACAACGAGGCGGUGCUGCAGAAGGCGCCCGACGACUACUGCCGCUGGAUACAGCGCGACGAGAGCUGGGGCGGUGGCAUCGAGCUCGGCAUCCUGAGCCAGCAUUUUGACCUCGAGAUUGCGAGCAUCAACGUGCAGGACCUGCGCGUGGACCGUUUCAAUGAGGGCAAGCCGCGCCGCUGCAUCCUCGUGUACUCGGGCAUCCACUACGACACGAUUGCCAUGAGCCCUUCAGAGCCUCCGCACACUAAGGCCGACUUGCCGCCUGAGCUCGACAUCAAGCAGUUCGAUGCUGACGACGGCAUCAUCCUGGAGAAGGCCCGCGAGCUGUGCAAGAUCCUCCAGGGCCGGCACUACUUCACGGACACGGCGGGCUUCGCGGUCAAGUGCAACACGUGCGGCUGGCAAGGCAGCGGGGAGACGAGCGCCGUGGACCACGCGAAAAGCACCGGACACAUGGACUUUGGAGAAGCCAGUUAA